CUUCAACAGAAGUUUAAGUAUUUAAAGUACAAUUAUGUAGUUCUGUCUUUUGCAUUGUUUUUCAUUAAUGGUUCUUUAGCUCUACAGCAGAAAAGUCAUGGAUCUGUGAAUAUUGUUCAUUUGGCCUUGCUUCCAGAAUGCAAAUGAUCGUAUGUUACUGACCUGUGUCAUUGCCAGUCUUUUUCAUGCUUCUCAAUCUCCAUUUAUUACUGAUUUAUACAUAUAUCAAUAUAUGUUUAUUUUUGCUUUAAUGUUAUCAUAGAUUAAUUUAUGUUUUUGUUGUUGCAUGACCUUAAUGUGAAGCAAGGAAUAAUAUUAUUUUGCUUUUAUUUGAUCUUUGAUUUAGUAUGUUUUUCAUGUUGCAUGACCUUAAUAUGGUGCAAGGAAUUAUUCAAGAAAAUCAACGUGAAGUUUAACAGCAACGUGAGCCAUGUCUUUCUUCUUUAAAGGAGCGGUUACAAGUUCUCCAGUUAAGACCAGAAGGCAGGAGGCUGAAUAUAUUUGUCAAAGUCUUGAUGUUUCCCACAUCUGUGACUCCCCCUUCGAGUGUUUCUCCACCAAUCCGCUGACAGGCUCUGUGUGCGUGUGCCGUCGAAGUCCCCGGCUACUAGCCAAUGGUUAUUAUGUUCUGACAGAGGACAGUUUUACAACAGAUGACGAGGGUAACGUCACUCUGACUCCCUCACACACCAGCGUCUCGUACAAAGAGAAUCUUGUCCGCAUAUUCAGACGAAAGCAUGGGGCAAGAAAGUCACUGGCAAGUCUUCUUAGUGAUGUUAACCAGUCAUGCCAAUCCUGGCAGGAAGGAAGUGUAUUUAGAAGACCUGACCCCAUUACUCCCCUCCUGUCAUCAUCAUGGGAUGAGCUGGAUAACAGCUAUGAGACAAACACACCCCUCAGCUUCACAUAUGACCCUGUUUCCUCCCCUUAUAAAAUGCCUCCUCAGACUCAGCUAGAAGAGGAGGAGCCUCCACGUGAGCCAUGCUCCGCCCAUGAACAAUCCAGCCAAUCAGUAAGCGGCCUCCUGGAUGUUCCUCCCCCAUCCAUGUGUCACCUCAAUAGUUAUAGCUCAUCCAGCAAGACAUCAGAAACUGUGCUCUUGAAAGUCCUUCUCCUCAUCCUAACUUUGUGCCUCUGCAUUGCCAUCUCCUCCGGAUGGCUGCUGGGAGGUGUUUCUGCAGCAGUGGUGUUCAUGGUUCUGCUUUCAUCUAUAUGUAUGUUGAAACCUGGAACUGCAGUGCGCUGGAGAAGAGCAAAGACUGAGGACAUCACCUCCAGAAACGAGUGAGGAGGAAGCACACACACAGAAACAAAUCUGUGUGAAGUCUGUCCUGAGGAGAAGUGAGUGUGUGGACACGCAUCCUGCAUCAACGAUAAAAAUAAGUUAUAGAUGAGUUUUUGUAGUGGUGUUUGCACUGAUCAGCUAAAAGUUCUGAAUAUAAUAAUUACUGAAGAGUGAAAGAACCAGUGAUGGCAGAUGACUGUCACAGGAAAUGUUACAUGCUAAGAUUAGCAUGCAUUUUUAAAUAGAUGGACAUAUCAAGGAAAAAUGAUAAUUCUGUAAAUUUUUAAGAAUUUGAUCAGUUUUCCUAAAUGAAAGACUGGAUUGCAUUAUGAGGGAGUCUUUGAGUCAGUGGAGAUGCCCUGCGUGACAAAGCAUAGAAGUGUAAUGUGUCAGUUGGGUUUAUAAAUGCAUCGGCUUGGCUUGGCAUUAUGUGUUAUUGCCCAGCUUGUCUUUCAGAUUAUCAGAUUCUAAAAAAUAUUUACUGCAAAACUAGUUUAAUAUAAUAUUAUAAUGACUUUGCAAGAAAUUGUAGCAAAAGAAGUGCCAAUUUAUCUUUGCACAGAUGCCUCAUAUUUGUCAAGUGCCUUUGAUAUACAAAAUGGGAGAAGUGUUAUUACCAUUUUCCAGGGUUAGUUAUUUAAAAAUUAUUUGAAAUUCUAAGCACAAAGUGCUGCUAUCUGGAGCGCAAUAAUUAGAUUUUUUAUAAAAGCAUUGCACUUAAAAUAGGAUUUAAAGCUCUGAUUUCACAUGGACUUAAGAAAAUUAAACUCUGUUUGCAGGGAAUUAGUGCUGCCAAAGGAGAACAUGUUCUCGAUUUACUUUGUCACGUUCACAUAAGGCAACUUCUCUCACAGAAAGUUAAAAUUAGUCAUUUGUGAGUAGGAAGCAAUGUCUGUAACAACAUGACCAAAAUGCAUUAAGUGCAACUGAACUUGUAUCCUUUGAAGGGAAUGGCUAAUUUCUGAUAUUUUUAUUAGGAUGAUGAAUUUUUUUUUUUUUUAUUACAAAGAGUCACAUGUUUUAGGACAUGGUGGAGUUUUUAAAAGGCAGCUCGGUUUUGAAGAGUGUAGACAUUCAUGUGGAAACAAAAGCAAAGCAAGGAUCAAAUGAAGUUUUUCUAAAGCAUUACAAUUUUAGAGGUUUAAGCCUAAAAAUCUGAAAUCAAAGAUGUCUGAGACCAACCCAAGGUGAAUAAGUGAAUUAAUCAAAUGCAUUUAUCUUAGCCAAUAGAUAUCGAAUGUGUUAAUAUGAAUUGUAUUGUCUUUGGUGUUUAUCAUAGAUUUUUUGUAGUGUCCAUGAGCAAUGAAACAAGAAUGAAUAUUGCUCUAUAAAAAGUCCAUUAUUAUUGUAAAGUGUUCUGUAGAAAAUGUGUCAUCGUGGGGCCAAUCACAGAAAGUUUAAAGGUAAGGAUGCUGAAAGGAUGUAAGCCCUUUCUCAGCAAAGCCGUACAUUAUAUUAUACAAUAUCAUAUUAAAGGGCUGACGAUGCCACCUAUGGGGCAAAAGUUAAAAGUAAUUCUAUUUACCGACAUUAAAGUGCUUGUGCUUGUCCAUAAAUCCUUAUCAGGAAUGCUAUGUCCAGAUGUUGAAUGCUGUAUCAGAUAUACAAAACAUUUGCAUUCUAUAUAUAUAUAUAUAUAUAUAUAUAUAUAUAUAUAUAUAUAUAUAUAUAUAUAUAUAUAUAUAUAUAUAUAUAUAUAUAUAUAUAUAUAUAUACACAAUUAGAAAUGGGAUCAAAAAUGUUGAAAAAAUACAGAAAAUAAAAAAUGUGGUUUUAUUUAUUAAUGUUUUUCAAAUUAUAUAAUUAAUAAGUUACUAGGUACAGAGUUGAAACACAAGAUGAUUCCAAUAUGAUUGUUUUAAACCAUUGACAUAUUGAUUGGGUGUAAUUUAAAUGCAAAAGCAUGUUGAAAAAUUAAGAUGGAACUGCAAAAAGCACAUCUCCAGUUUGUACUAAACAGGACUCAUAAUGUGUUCACUGAUCAGUAAUGUGUUGAAGAAUACAGCGCAGCAAAUUAUUAUAGAAAACAUGACAUUAUUUCUCUAGGGAGAGAUGCCUUUAAGCUUUGAUGACUGCAGUGAACCUGUUACUGCAUUUAACAAUCGGUGUCACAAAAGAGCUAAAGAUUUACUGUAAAUAGUAAAAACGUUAGUUAUGUAUUAUUCCACUGCUUGUGAAAGAAAAAUGUGAAAUUUACGUGUCUCAUGUAUACACUGAAAACUAUAAUCUUUAAAGUAAAUUGAUUUAUGUAAUUUGCACAAACAUAAAUUGCCAUGUUAGAAAGUAUUAAAGGAGUGAAAAAAACCCUGUAUUGUUAAUUUUCAAUAAUAAAGUUUUAUAUAUAAAUAUAA